AUGAGUUCAGAGUCCAUCCCCACUUGCUUAUCUCAGGUUCAGGUUGAUUCCAUGAAAAUGCCAUUUUCAGACAGUAGUUUUGGCAAUCGGUAUAUGCAAUCGAGGAUACCUACCAUGCUCCAGAUGCGGUUGAUGAGGCAGUGCCUUGAAGCUCUGAAGCUAGCAAGUUUUGAGGUUUUGGAAGUUCCUUUAGUUCAUUCAUUCUAUUGUUUCCCAGAGUUGGCUGAGACUGAUUUGUGUAUUGUCCUAAGGUUAAUUCUACACUAUGAGGAUUCUGUCCCAGAGAUUUUGCAAUAUCGAGUAUCAACUUCAAAUUCUUGUUCCACAAGUUUAAGUGCUCCUUUUAUUCCACUUGUGCUUAUUGGCAUUUUAGGAGUGGACCAGACCUGUAACUUUGUGGAGGUUUUGGAAGUUCCUUUAGUUCAUUCAUUCUAUUGUUUCCCAGAGUUGGCUGAGACUGAUUUGUGUAUUGUCCUAAGGUUAAUUCUACACUAUGAGGAUUCUGUCCCAGAGAUUUUGCAAUAUCGAGUAUCAACUUCAAAUUCUUGUUCCACAAGUUUAAGUGCUCCUUUUAUUCCACUUGUGCUUAUUGGCAUUUUAGGAGUGGACCAGACCUGUAACUUUGUGGAGGCCGAUUUCAUGAAAAUGCCAUUUCUUGACAACAGCUUUGAUGCAGUAUAUGAAAUCGAGGCAACCUACCAUGCUUUAGACGCGGAAACAAAGCUUCACAUCAAUGUAUUUCUUCUUGGCUUAAAAGGCUCAAUAAUCUUCAUUCCUUGCCGAACGAAAGGACACUUGCCACACUCUCAAGUCUGA